GCCGAGCCGGGCCGGGCCGGGCCGGUGCUGCCGUCCCCGCGUCUCCGCGUCCCCGCGGCCCCGUUUCCCACGGUAAUGUCAGUGUCUCUCGGGCAGCCAAGACUCAGCAACUCCGUGGCAUGAGGUUUGUAAAAAGGAUCCUGCUUGAUGGCCUUGAUCGGCAGCUCCGUGAGGUGAUUUCCACUAACCUUGGUGCAUUCAGUUCCAAGGACUGGCAAGGCAUUUGCUUUUGAAGUAGCACCACGUGAAUGUGCUAAGGUGGAAGUGAAUCUGUGCUUACCCUGACAGCCAGGACAGCUCAAUCCAGGAUCCUGAGAAAAAAAAAAAAAGAAAGAAAAAAGAGUCGUUCUUUUGGCUUCAGACUUUGAGCAUCAGAGGAAGCAGCCUGUCCUUCUGGCCAAGCUACCUGGGCCCACACCACUUCUCCAGCCUCAGCAAAGACACUUGGAUUUGCCAAGCCUCAACUUGCCAUUGCCACCUUAGCCCUGGAAGAACUUAGAGGAGGCCCUCAGGGUCCCUGGUUCUGCCUGGAUCAGUGGUGAGGCAGAGGAGCAGGUGAGCCUGGCAGGGCUGCCUGCAGCUUUGGACAGCACACUCAUGGUCCCCAGCAGUGGCCUCCAGCAUGCGGCUGGCACCUCCUACAGAUACAAACUGCAGUGCCUCUGCACCCAGGUGAGGCAGAUCGCCAGGGAGAGGGACAAGGCGAGGCUCGGGUUGGAGAAGGCAGAGAGACACUGCCUGCAGCUGGGCAGGGAGCUGGAUCAGCGGUGCAUCGCUCUGGAGCACACCCAGAGCAAGCUCAGGAAUUUUCAGGCAGAAAUAGAGGCAAAAGAGCUGCUUUUGCAGCAAGCAGUGAGUCACCAGGCGAAGCUGGAGGCUGCUACACGGCUCCUCCAGGGCAAAGAGGCCAACCUGCGAGGGAGACUGAACCAUGUGAUGAAUGAGAACACACAGCUACAAAACAAGGUCACAGAGAUGGCUGAGAAACUGUCAGCCUCUGAGGAAAUGGUGUUGGAGCUGCAAAAAGAACUCAACUGCAUUGUGAAGGAUAAGCUGGAGCAGGGGGAGCCCCACAGCCCAGAGUUCCUGCAGCAGAGCGAGCGCUUUGCCGAGAUUGUCGUGGAGUACGAGCGGCAGUGCCAGGUGCUGUACGACCAGAACGGAGCGCUGCGAAGGGAGCUGCAAAGGCUGCGCCUCCAGCUGCAGGAGAGCAGGGCUGAGGGAGGGCUGCCAGCAGCAGAAAUGUCACUCCCAGUGGAGCAGCUCCAAGAGCAGCUGCAGGACCUGAAGGUGCAGCUGGAAACAAAGAGUGAGAAGGGCAAGGAGCAGCUCUCUCACCCGGAUGCCAAGAUGCCUCAGCUGGGCUGUGAACCCCCUGAGCACAAGGCUGGUCACAGUGAUGGCCCUGGCAGUGUCCAGCUGCAGAGCCAGAGCCUUCUGGAGGCUGAGUGGCUACGAGGAGCAGAGAUUGCUGCAAGGCUGGAGCACCACCAGAGGCAUGCAGCAUGUUGGAUGGAGAUGGAGCUGCUCCAACAGCAGCUCCAGGCCUCGCAGGAAAAGCUUUUGGAAGCCAAAGCCAGCCUGAGCCUGGCCCAGGCCCAGCACACUCUGCAGUUGCAGCAGGCCAAGGCCCAGAUGAACAACAUGGUGCCAAAGAAGCAGUUUGAGCAGCUGCAGAACACCUUGAGAGAGGAACAGUGCAAGACUCAGCAGCUCCAGGAAAGCCUCCAGCUGCAGGCUGAGCAAACAUGCAGGCAGCUGGUCAGGACCCAGGAGGAACACGAGCAGCUGCUGCAGGCAGCUGUGGAGCAGGCAGAGGGGCUGGAACAGAGACUGAGGAAUGCUGAAGCUGUGUUGGCAGAGAGGGCAGCUCAGCUCAGAGAUGCCCAGGCCCAACUCUCCAGGAACAAACUAUUGAUGGAAGAGCUCCGUGGAGAGAACAGGAGGUUUGCAAUGGCCCUGCAGGCUGCUGAGCUGAAGCAGAAGAGCAUGGAGGAGAAGAACCAGCUGCUGGAGGAACAAGCCUCAGCUCUGAAGCAGCUUAUUGGAAAAAUCACACCAGCAUCUCUGAAUGUGUGAUGGAACAUCUGCAGUGGCAGCCCCUGGUCCUGGCUGGGGCUGGUCAGGUGCAGAAAUAUGGCUGGGUUGGGAAAUCAGCCUUGUCCUCUCUUGUCUUGCCAGGAUUUUCCUGUGCAGAAAAUAGCAAAUGGGGAGCCUAAAGUCCUUUGAGGAAACUGGUCCUGUGGACAGCUGAAUUUUCCAACUGGAAGCAGCAGCCCUGGUGCCUUUCUCAGUGGCAGUGUGCUAUUGUGUCAUGUCUGUCUCAGGGCAGCCAGCUCACAGGAUUUUCUUUGGCAGUGUUUGGUGGUGGUGCAGGUGCUCCCUCUCGGCAGAAGGUGGAUGUUGGAGCCACAGUUACAUCUCAAAAGCCGGGGCAGAAGGGCUUGCAGGACCCUGUGCCUGGCUCACUCCAUGCAGGAAAGAAAGCUGAGUUGUGGCAUUAAAACGUUUGUAAUGUUACAGCA